GUAAUCACCAGAGUCAAUUACGGUCAGAGUGUCAGCAUUAGUGGGCUUGCUGGUGCAGUGUCCUUGGCCGGAUCUGGGGGAGGAUUAUGGUCAAUUGAAGGUGGGAACUGGCAGAUGGCAUUCGGAUUGAUUAAUCAUUCGAAUGUUGAAUUGCACCUGCAUGAAGAAAUAGAAUCAAUCUCUUAUGUUGGUAAUCUUUAUGAGCUCAACUCCACAAGAGGUAACAAUUACAGAUGUGAAGUCACGGUGGUUGCUACCCCUUUAGAUGAGCUGAAUAUUCGCUUUAUCCCUGCGAUUUCAAUUCCUGAAAGGAAAUUACAGCACACACAUGUGACUUUUGUUAGGGGUCUAUUAAAUCCCGCAUAUUUUGGCUUGGAUUCCGUAUCAGAUAUACCAGAAUUGGUGGGCACCAUAGAGGCUCCUGACCUUCCAUUCACAAGCAUUUCAGUUCUCAAGCAACACAGUGCAAACGACAUGACCUGCAAGAUAUUCUCUCAUGAACCAAUGGCAGAUGCAUUACUGGAUCACAUCUUUAGGUAUUCAUCCGAACUAGCCCAUAAUUGUCAGUUGCUCGAAGCAAGAGUUAUGAUCUACCAUUUUGUCGGUUGCAUUGCAAUUUAA